AACAAAUAUUGAAUCUUGAUCACCGAAAACCAAAAUUUCAUUAGAUUCAAUGGCUAUGGCUAGUAGUAGUAGCAGCUCGUCAUUGUUUCCUAUCCAACAACAACCUCAACAACAAUUAGGAGGCAAUGAGAUCACACCUAUGGCUACCAAUGCCAAUCUAAUCGCAGCACCAAACGCUCCAAACCAUUACUCUUCCAGCUCCAUUGGACCCUUCUUCGCUGUCAUAUCUGUUCUCAUCAUUCUUGCUGUUCUCUCCUGCUUCUUGGGUCGAUUCUGCGCACGGAGCCGCCAGAGAACUGGUCUAGUGGCUGAAGUCAAUCCGUUGGAGAUGAUAAAGAGUGGUGGGCUUUUAGGUUGGCUGAGACGAAAAUGGAGACGGUGUUUGGCCGGAGAUGUUGAGGCCGGAGCUAAAGUUGCUGAUUGUGCUAGCAAAGAAACACCUAAAGAUAAUGAUCAAAUUCGUCUAGAAGCACCUCCAGCUUGAUCUCGGUGCAUGUGACAGAGACUAGUAAUAAGAGUUUCAAUAUUCGAAGUAGAUUGUAAGCUAAACUAUAUCAUUAUUGCAAUGUUAUUUUCAAUUCUCAAUUUCAU